AAAAAAAUAAUGAAAACAUUGCAGGUAUCGACGUCACAAUGCAGUUUACAUCGGAUGGUUUAUAUUUCCCGCGUUUUUAACAUAUACUCCCAGAGCAUGAGUAUAGCAGUAAUUUCAAACAGAAGUAAUAAAAACAUCUCCAAAGCAACAGUAAUAUCAUGCUAUGUGGAAUAAAUUUAAUAAUAAACAACAAAACAUAGUUUUGAUAUGAGUUAAAAUAAAUGCAAGGAAGAUAUCACCUGCAGCAUUGACGUAAGGAAGGGGAGUGGGUAGCUAUAGUGCACAUAGCGCCAUAGUAAACCUGAAAACUAAUAUUGAUACUUUCAGGGAAAAUUCCUACUAACAUAUGUUAAAACAUAUUUAAAAAUUAAAAAAAAAAUCAUUGGUCAUUAUUUUCGGGGGUGAAAAUAUGUCUGCUUUGGUGAAUGUGCUCAAAAGCAGCCCUGCUUCUACUUCAUAAGAAAAUAAAUGUAUAUAUUAAUACAAAUUAUAUAUUAUUUAAGGCUUUAACUUCAAUUUGAUAUAAAAUUUAUAUCACUCUUUUUGUAUCAAUCUUAAACACCACCUGAAAUACCUGUAUCAUUUAUUACAGAAAGUCGACAAGAGGGGUUACUAUGACAACCAUAGCGUCACAAUUUCCGUGAAAAUCAUAUAUGAUACUUUCAUAAUGAGUUACAGAUACUGUCAACUACAAAAUAUGUAAAAAUCAAAAAAAAAUCAUAGAUUCAUUAAUGUUCAAUGACCCAUGCAAUCACUACCUUAAGUUUUUCCAUAUAUUUAGUUAAUCGUUUUCAGCAUUUGACCCUUAUUUCUUUUCCCUCUUUUAUACCAUCAACAAGCAGUUUUUAUCUUUCAUAUACUGGCAGUGAAUCUAAACAUUCAGAAGUCUUGUUAAAACAAACACGGGAAAUGCCUCAUUUGAGAUGGAUCAUUCUGUCUGUAACGAAGAAAGAAAUCCAGUAUACCAAAGACACACUAUGGAAUUUUGUGGUAUCACUUAUUAGAUUUGGUCUCUAGGUUACUGUGUAGAAUCAAAAUACAAACCUCCAUAUAGAAACUCUUCACCCAAUAUGAAAUUAGUAGCUAUUAAAUUCUAUUAAAACAUGAUAAUGUGUUCGUGUCUGAAACAUGUGAAUUGUUUUCAAUCAAUCUCCAUAGUGGGGUAGAUGUAUACUUGCAAUGAUGUGUUGGUUUCUGACAUUCAUGAUGUAGAGUUAGUUUAUUCGAUAUAUUCCAGUGAACUAAAAAUAAAAGACACCGAGUCUUCCAAAUCUGCUUCGUACUUAGAUAUUUUAUUGAACAUAGAUGUUAACGGCAAACUUAACAACUCAACUUUAUGGCAAAAAGGGAUGAUUUCAGCUUCUUCGUCGUCAACUUUCCAUAUUCCAAUAUUCCAUGGUAACUGCAUAUGGUGUUUAUGUUUUUUAACCGAUUCAAUACGCAAGAGCUUUUUCUGCAUAUGAUAAGUUUUUAAAUCGAAACCGGCUACUGAUAAACAAGUUGAUGUUACAAAGUGAAGCUCCAUUAAUAUUUUCAAAGAAAUGUUGUAUUCUAUUGUGGAGGUACACAUUAGCAUUCUGACUGUGUGUUCUGAAAGCACUGUAACAUCCACUUUUUUCAUCAACACCACGACAAAAACAUUGCCCACAGAAUCGCAAAAAAAAAAGAAACUGUUUUGGAUUCGGAGCAAAAGAUUUGUAGAUUUGAUGGUUCAUCAUCAUCUUCAAAUGUUUCCCAAGUAGUGGCUUCUUCCUGCAUUUUUUCAAACCUCGUAAGUAUAAGAUAAAAACAAUCUGCAAAGUUUACUAGUAGAUGCAGACCGCAGAAAAACGAGGCCCACAUGCCUUAUCGGUCACCUGAGUUAAAAGUAUCACUGCUCCCAAGGGUUAUAAAAUCUAGAAAUAAUAUACUGUUCUGAAUAUAUAAGCUAUAUUCUAAUGUUCAGCAACAGUAUAAAACAAGAUGUAUUCUUAAAACCUCAAUGCCCACAAAAGUGCAUACACUGAUGAAAGGUUUUACGUAAUAUAUGUAUUAACAUUAAACGAUAUUACUAAUUUGGACCCAUCGUAGAGUCAAAACAUUGGGGAUGCGAAAUUCACCAUUUUUGCACAUCCUUUUGUGCUAUUAUUUAUUUUAAAUUUUAUACGGUAUCAGCAAACUUAAAGAAGUCCUUCAAAUCAUUAUAAUAAUUUUGAAACCAAACCUUUACCCCCUAGGAUCAUGAAAUUUACAAUUUUGGUAAAGGACUAUCUACUUCCUCUAAAUAUCCAUUUAGUUUCAAUUUAGUAUCGAUAGCAUUGUAAGCAGAUAACAUUCAUAUGUUUUGCACACAUACACUAUAUGUGCCAAGUUUGGCCCUGCCCUGGGGUCAGAAACUCUACUCCGGGGACCCUGAAAGUUACAAUUUUGGUAGAGGGAUUCCUGUUCUAUAUCACUAUGCAUUUAGUUUUUUUCUUAAAGAUUGGUGUAGAGAAGAAGACUUUUGAAAAUUGGUCAAUUUGUUGACAGUUUUUGCCCCACCCCUAAAGCCCCAGAGGUGCAAGAGUCCUGAAAUUUACAAUUUAUGCCCCCCUCCCUUGUCCCAAAAAUGCUCCAUACCAAAUUUGAAAAGAAUUGGAAUAGUAGUUAUCAAGAAGAUGUUAAAAUUUCUAUUGUUCAAAAAUUCAAUAAUUGAUUAUUUUGUCCCCACCCUGAUACCAACGCCCACCCCUGGGAUCAUCAAACUUACAAAUUUUGUAAAGGACUACCUGCUCUUUCUAAAUAUCCAUUUAGCUUUAAUAAUUUUGCAGUACUUUUAUGUGACACAAUAACGUUAAUUAUCUCCAGAUAUUUUAAUAUCUAAUAAAAUCAAUUGAUUUUGAAUCUUGAAUUAUACAGUGCUUCUGAGUAAAUUCAGAUGUUGGGGGAGCUGGAGAUAUUUUGUGGUAGUGUUUUCUUGCAUUGUUGUUAAAUAUGAUUGCAAUCCCCCCCCCCCCCCCCUAAAACCUUAUCCAUCAAUUCUAAUGUUAAUCCAUAAACUCCUGUUGUAUAACAGUGACCCAGUCAAGAUCAGCAAUGUGCCUCAUCUACGUAAGAGCACAGAUGCAUGCUGGGAAAUAAUAUAUGACCUCCAUAAAUCUUUAACUCAGAGUGUUUAAGUGUUAAAAUCUCCAAAUAGAGACUUAGGCCACACUAUUUAGCUUCAGUAGGUCUUUUAAGUUUAUUAUUCAAAAGAUUUUUUUUUCAUGUUCUGUGACACUUCCGUUAAAUGAAUGGGUAUAAUUAAUUAGUAAUCUAACUGGUCAUCCUUCCUGCACCUAGCUGGAACAUCUUUCUGUUUGCUUGUUGUUUCGUUGACUUUUUUGUACUUUAAUUCACUGGACACAUUUCGGUUGAGCAUCACUGAAGAGACAUUAUUUGUCGAAAUGCGCAUCUGGUGCAUCAAAAUUGGUACCGUAUAAGUUUUACAUUUUACACACAAUACACGUAACACUUUUUUCAUGAUGGAGUGAGAAAUGAGAGAGCAAAUAUUCACCGUAUCGGUGUCUAAGGGCACAAUACUAUUUUUACAACAGUGUGAAUAAUCUCUUUGUGUAUACAGCAUGCCUACAACAAAGAUUAGAAAACGGUAUACCCAGCGGCCACCGUCAGAAAAAGACGGUAGUUGAGUCAAAGUGCAUGGUUUGUAAAUUAAUUACUCAAGCAGACCCCGUCAGAAGAGGACAUGAGUUGGCAUGAACUCCUUUCGGCUACGCCGCCAUUGCUGAUACAUUGCCAAGGAUCACUGGUCGCUUUAGUUUUCAUUAACUAUUUAGGAAAUAUAGAUAUUAAUUUGUAUUUCUAACACAGAAUUUUGAAAGACGUAGAGGGUUGAUGACUUGCUGGUCAUACAUCCAUAAUUUGCUAACAUCAACCAAAUAUUUUUUCGACGGUGUACUUUCACGGCCCUGUUUCCUGGAUGUCUAUAUUAUAAAUGGUGGACCUCGGGGGCAGUGGGCGACUACAUCAAAUGAACUGCUUUGGAACAGUGGGUCUUACUACGUAGUUAAUAUUCAUUAAAAGGAAACCCGUUCGGUGUACCAUAUUUCACAGAUUUCUCCAAAAAUGCGAGGGGUGUUGUAUUGUGUGGCCCUUUUUACCCUGGCCUACAGCAAGGAGGACUGGAAGCCACCAGGAGUAUGCUUACUUCCAAAGAAACGGGGACCCUGUUCAGCGCAGAUUGAGAAUUACUUUUAUAAUCCAAUUUCCGGUCGAUGCGAUCGCUUCAUGUUCUCUGGGUGUGGAGGUAAUGAAAAUCGGUUUCGAACGGAAAACUCCUGCAGGAAGCACUGUGUAUGCCACAUUCCACCGGAUGCAGGACCUUGUAGAUCUUCCAUUGAGAAAUAUUUCUACAAUCCGACAACGGGUUGCUGUGAGAAAUUUACUUAUGGUGGCUGCCAGGGCAACAGCAACAAUUUCCAAACAUACGAGGACUGUCGUGCUACAUGCGUUGGAACCGCUCCCGGAAUGGUAAAGCCUCGUGGAAGUAACUGGGGAAGCGGAAGUACAAUCCAUUUUGAAACAAAUAAUUUCUACAAUCCACAAAAGUACGGAAACAAGUUUACAGGAUCCAAGUCACUGUGGCUCCAUGGGAACCGCAUGAAUGUGAUGAGUGGAACCCCGCAAGCAAACCGAAUAAUGCGAUUCAUAACACCUGAUGUUAAUAAAAAAGAGCAUUGGCAUUUUGUUGCAAAGCAAGGUACGAAAGAUAUUUUCCCACAGCAACUUGGAGAAAGACUUAAAAUCACAGGAAUGUCUUCCAGUAGCCAGGCACAGCCAAUGGGAGGGUCAAGGUUAGUUUUAAGCGGGGGCACGUCUGUGCCAGUUCAAACAUCUGGUGGGAAAUUUUCAUCUAUGAUGGGUACAUCUGGAGGAAGUUUCGCAGGUGUUCCAAUGGGUGGAUCAAAGUUAGUAAUGAGUGGGCGUAGUUCAGCACCAAUGGGGUCAGUUGGAGCAUCAAAUGGAAAGUUUUCACAAAUAUUUGGAACAUCCGAAAGCGAGAGUAAGGGUCGUCCUUUUGGUGGCUCGAACCUUGUUCUUGGUGGAAGUAGGUCAGUUCCAGCUGGAGCAAAUGGGCGCUUGUCAUCUGUAUUUGGAACCUCCGAUGGAAAUGCAUUGGGAGGUGUAGGGGGGACAUCUUUAAGACUGUCCGGUCAAUCAACAGGAGGAAUGAUGGAUGACAGUCCAAGCAGAUCGUCUUUUGUCUCCGCACGAACAGGCGCGGAACAUCCAGUAGGAAUGGGUUCUGGAUUUACGAGUGGUAUGACAAACGCACUAUCCCACAGACAAAGCAUGAUGAACGACCAGCCGGGUGGUGGUUUUAAGACAAGAGGGAGUGUCGUAUCAAAAAAUAGCAUGUCCCCUCACCCCAAAAGCCACCUGUCCCUAACCUUACCAGUAGAGUCUGUCGGUGGAGGAAGUAGAGUAGGCGCCCUAAGGAAAAUGUUUGGAGGCGGAGGCACGGGCCAGGACAUAGUCGGAGGUGGACUAAACAAAGGAAGAGAAAAUUACAUUUCGGCAGACAGUAAUGCAUGGCACCCAUUGACAGUUAAAAAAUGAAAUUGUUGGAUGUGAAUGGACACGUGUAUGUUUUAUUAUACUUUGAAUUGUGUAUUUCAAACGAAAAUCAAAUUGGCGAUAAUGGUAACAUCCACACUCAAAUUUUCGCAAUGGCACAUUCCAUACAGUCAAUCUUUGUUGUGCAAUUGUGGAAAGUAGUACAUGGAAAUAAAGUUCGUAGUUUUAGGGUGAACAAAA